UGUCAUUCAACAUCGGUAGCUCUGAGUGAGAUAUUAAUUAACUUACUUUGAUCAUCAUACGGGGACGCUAACAUAAUUUUGCGCUGUACAUGCAUGAUUACAAUCAAACUUGUUCUUCCUUAAGCAUAAAUUAUUGGCGUGUAGUUUAUGAGUCUGUGAGCACAUAUUUUUGAGAUGGAUAAGAUGAAAUUAUUGAACAAGCCCGUAGUUAUUAACGUUAGUGGUGAACGUUUUAUGACAAACGAAAGCUUUUUGGCAAGAUACCCAGAAACUUUGUUAGGAGGAAAGCGGAAAUUUUACUACUUCGAUACUCAAAAAGAAGAAUACUUCUUUGAUCGAGAUCCUGAUAUAUUUCCACACAUCCUAAACUUCUACCGUUCAGGUGCUCUUCACUAUCCAUCUAACGAAUGUGUCGAGCUGUUUGAAUCCGAGUUGAAAUUCUUUGGAAUUUUUCCAUCCUCUCUGGCGCUGUGUUGUGUGGAGAAUUUCGAAAAUUCAAAAUCAAAGACAGAGAGAUAUUGUUUAGAAAAAUGCAAAAUGAGACUGACGAAAGCCUUGAGAGCACGAAGAUUAGAAGAAAUUGCCAAAUUCAAAGAGAAAUUGUGGUUCAUUUUUGAAGAACCAGCUUUGUCCACACCUGGACUGGCCGUUUGGGUUUUGACAGUUGUCUUUGUUUUGACAACUGUCGUAAGUUUGAUUAUGGAAACAGUCCCCAAAGAUAGUUCUACCUGGGGAACGCAAAAAAAGAAACAUUUCAACAUCUUGGAAACUAUUUGCGUCACAUAUUUUACAGUAGAGUAUAUACUGAGACUUUACUGUUCUCCAAAUCGAUGGAUUUUUGUGAGACAAUUUACAAACAUUAUCGAUGUUAUAUCAAUCUUGCCCUUCUACUUCAGUUUAAUGCUUGGCAGUCAUAGCAAUAUCAAAAUGUUGGCCAUGUUACGUGUUCUUCGCAUCACUCGUAUAGGCAGAGUCUCGAGAUUUUUUGUCGAUAAAAUUGAAAAACAUGGCAGUUUACUUAAGCAAAACAAAGAUGAACUCAAACCUCUUAUUUUAUGCUUUGUCACAGUUCUCGUCCUGUUCUCAACUAUUAUGUACUACGGCGAGAAAGACAAUAGCGGAUUCCUUAGUAUCCCAGCAUGCUUUUGGUACACCAUUGUAACAAUGACGUCACUGGGCUAUGGUGAUGCAGUCCCAGAAACUAUCAUAGGAAAAAUUAUCGCUGGUUUUUGUUCUUUAAGUGGGAUUUUUCUCAUUGCACUUAUGGCACCUUUGUUGCAGAAAGGAUGAUGGCAAUGAAAAUGUUGUGAAAUCUUUUGUUUGUAUAACUUGUUGCACCAGUGCAAUGUAUUUAUAUAGCAGCAAUGAACACGCGUCAGUUUCGUACAAAAAAUUACUUUGUACAAAAAAUUUACAAAAAAAAUGCAUUGGUCUCAAACCAAUAAGAUGUGACCUUUAUUGGCUAUUGAUGUUUAAAUAGUUUGUAGAACUGUAGCUUGAUAUUGUUUAUUUGGAGGAUUAGAGUGAAGAGUUUGUCGUUUUACCGGAGCUCAUUAUAAAUUAAUAUUAUUAUAUUUCUAUGCAAGUACUCACCUCAAAAAAUAUUUUCAUUCACUUUGUUUUUCAUAUUCGUUCAAUUAGAUGCACAUUACUCUUCUAAAAUUUUGCAUAAAAAUGUAAAAUUAGAUAAACGCCUUAAUGAUUCUAAAGAAAAUAAUCAAAUAAACAUUGAUUUAAGAA